GUGCCUCUCUCCUCUGCCCAGGGGCCCAGCGAGGUCCCCGGCCUGUUGCUAAUGCCGUGCAGAGUACCGACUGCCCAGGAUCACCCGGCCUGCCCACAGUCCAGCAGCUAAAGGGUGACAGCCAUGUCGGUGAGGGUGCGGUUCCUGUCCUCUGGGGAUGCAGGGGCCGUGGGGGUCAUGGGCCGGAGUGCCUCCUUCGCGGGCUUCAGCAGUGCCCAGAGCCGGAGGAUCACAAAGUCCACCCACAGGAACUCAGUGAGGCCUCGAAUGCCUGCGAAAUCCUCCAAGAUGUAUGGCACACUGGGAAAGGGGUCUGUCUGCUCGGACCCCAAGCCACAGCAAGUGAAAAAGAUCUUCGAAGCACUGAAGAGAGGUCUCAAGGAGUAUCUGUGCAUCCAGCAGGCUGAGCUGGACUACCUGUCAGGACGCCACAAGGACACCCGCAGGAAUUCCAGGCUGGCUUUCUACUACGACCUGGACAAGCAAACACGCUCUGUGGAAAGGCAUAUUCGGAAGAUGGAGUUUCACAUCAGCAAGGUGGACGAGCUCUACGAAGGCUACUGCAUCCAGUGCCGCCUGCGCGAUGGCGCGUCCAACAUGCAGCGGGCCUUCUCCAGGUGCCCGCCGAGCCGCGCCUCCCGAGAGAGCCUGCAAGAGCUGGGCCGCAGCCUGCAGGAGUGCACCGAGGACAUGUGGCUCAUUGAGGGGGCCCUGGAGGUUCACCUGGGCGAGUUCCACGUCAGGAUGAAAGGCUUGGUGGGCUACGCACGCCUCUGUCCCGGAGACCAGUAUGAGGUGCUCCUGCGCCUGGGCCGCCAGCGCUGGAAGCUGAGGGGGCGGAUCGAGUCUGACGACAGCCAGACCUGGGACGAGGAGGAGAAGGCCUUCAUCCCCACCUUGCAUGAGAACUUUGAGAUCAAGGUGACAGAGCUUCGGGGCCUGAGCUCGCUGGCGGUCGGCGCAGUGACUUGUGACAUCGCCGACUUCUUCACCACCCGGCCGCAGGUCAUCGUGGUGGACAUCACAGAGCUGGGCACCAUCAAGUUACAGCUGGAGGUGCUGUGGAACCCAUUUGAUACCGAGAGCUUCCUGGUGUCGCCCAGCCCCGCAGGCAAGUUCUCCAUGGGCAGCAGGAAGGGCUCUUUGUACAGUUGGACACCCCCGAGCACCCCCAGCUUCCGGGAGAGAUACUACCUGUCUGUCCUGCAGCAGCCAGCACAGCAGGCCUUGCUGCUGGACAGGCCAAGGGCCACCUCCAUCCUCAGCUGCCUAUCCGACAGUGACCUUCAGGGCCCUGGCGUGCGGAGUCGGAGUCAGGAGCUGCCUGAGAUGGACUCCUUCAGCUCCGAGGACCCCCGAGACACUGAGACCAGCACAUCGGCGUCCACCUCAGACGUGGGCUUUCUGCCCUUGGCCGUCGGCCCGAACACCUCCAUUGAGGAAGAGGCCCAGGAGGACCCCCCACCCUUGGGUCUCCUGCCAGAGAUGUUCCACCUGGUGGGAGGCUCAUUUGUGGAGCAGCCUGGCUGGAGAAAUUUGGGAGUAGAAAGUCCCGACCUGCCACGGGGCUCCCCCUUCAACAACCACAGGGUCCCGGGGAGUCAGGAAGGCCAUGUUGAAGGAGACACCCAGGAUGGAGUGGACGGGCUCAGGGUGCCCCUUGAGAGGCCCCUGCAGGAGGUCCUGGAUUUACUGAGGUCCACGGACCCUGCCCCACCCCAGCUCCGGGAGCUGGAGUACCAGGUCCUCAGCUUCAGGGACCGGCUGAAGCCCCACGGAGCCCGCCUAGAGCAUGCCUCUGCAGAGAGCCUGAUGGAAUGCAUCCUGCAGAGCUUCUCCUUCCUCAACGCUCACAUGGCCCCGCAUGAGCUGGCCCUGUUUGGGGGCUCCCAGGGCCCCCGAAAGGACAGGACCCCACCUCCACCACCGUCACUGAAAGUGUCCACCAGGGAACUCACAGCUGGUGCCCCAGAGCUAGACAUAUUGCUCACGGUUCACCUCCAAAUCUGCAAAGCACUGCUGCAGAAACUGGACUCUCCUAACUUGUCGAGGAUGGUCCAGGAGUGCCUUCUGGAAGAAGCUGCACAGCAAAAGCAGGUUCUGGAGAUGCUUUCUGUGCUCGAUGCUGAGAAGGUCAGCAAGGCGACAUCCAUUGAAGAGAUCAUCCCGCAGGCCACGCGGAGGAAGGGCUGCCUGAGGCUGUGGAGGGGCUGCACGGAGCCCGGUGCGGUCCUGUCCUGCCCUGGUGCAGUGCUGCUGGACCAGCUCAAGAAGAUGUUCCUGCACAGAGUCCGAGGGAAGUACCCGGGACAACUGGAAAUAGUGUGCCGCAGGCUCCUGGAGCAGGUGGUCAGCUGCGGCGGGCUGCUGCCUGGAGCCGGGAUCCCCGAAGAACAGACUGUCACCUGGUUCCAGUUUCACAGCUACCUGCGGAGGCAGAGUGUCUCUGACCUGGAGAAGCACUUUGCCCAGCUCACCAAGGAAGUAACACUUGCUGAGGAACUGCAGGGCGUGGGCCAGGCCAAGACGGUCAGGAAGCUGCAGGGCAAGCGGCUGGGCCAGCUCCAGCCCCUGCCUCAGACGUUGAGGGCCUGGGCGUUGCUCCAGCUGGAUGGCACCCCACGGGUGUCCAGGGCGGCCAGCACUCGCCUGGCCAGCGCAGCCAGGAACAAGAGCUUUCGGGAGAAGGCUUUGCUCUUCUACACCAAUGCCCUGACCGAGAAUGACGCAAAACUCCAGCAAGCGGCAUGCAUGGCGCUGAAACAUCUCAGGGGCAUCGAAAGCAUUGACCAGAUCGCCAGCCUGUGCCAGUCCGACCUGGAGGCUGUGCGAGCGGCAGCCCGGGAAACCACGCUGUCAUUUGGUGAAAAAGGACGCUUAGCUUUUGAGAAGAUGGACAAACUCUGCUCAGAACAAAGAGAAGGCGGCUUUGGCCAGGAGGCAGAUGUUGAAAUCACAGUAUUUUAAAAAGCCUCAGCUGAUGAGCUCAAAUCUGGCAUCUUUGGUCUUGCUGCUGCCCAGCCUUGAUCCAGGGAGAGCUGUGGGUGGGGUCCGCGGUGUUCUCCCCUGGAAGCGUGAGCUGGCCAGAGCUGCUCCCCCAGUCUCUGGGCCCGUAAAGAAGCCCCAAGGCACAAGUGAGACUCCUGUGCAGGAGCAGGACACAGGGAGGCAUGGUGCUGUGAGGGCUGCACUUCAAUCAAUCAGCCUUCAGCUCUGAGAAUCUGACCUUCCCCAGAAUGCAGAGCUGGGUCAGUGCCAGCCAGCCAUGCCACAAAGGGGCCUAGGCCAGGUGGGUUGAGGCCUGGCAUAAGCAGGUUGGCUGGCUCAGCACUUCUAGACUGGGACGGAGGAGGCAAGCAGGCCGACUGACCCUGCUGUGGCGUGUGUGGGUCGAAUCACAGCAGCAGCAGCAGCGUGAUGUCACUGUGGCAAGCUGGGGAAGGUCGGAGGGCAGUCAGGGGUUCCACGAUUCACUCCUGUGACCCAAGCUGCAGCCCAAAUGCCACAAGUGGAGCUGGGUGGCGGCCUGCUGACCGUGGAAUUCAUUUUCACUGUGGUUCAGAAGCAUCAAGGAAACAAGAACAUGCCAUCAGCCAAGAAGCCUUGAAUGUCAUGUCAGUAAAAGCACUAAUCAAAGUGGAAUCCAAUUUUUGAAGUAGGUCAACUUAGGGCUUAUUGAAUUGCUUCAGAAGCCAUAAGCUGGUUUGAAGAAAGAUUUCACCGAAGAUCACGCUUAAAGAAAGAAAAUUAGUUUCCUAUUUAAGUCUAUUAAACAAAUGUGGAGAUACUCUGGGGCGUGAAUCUGUCAGCAUUGGCGUUGGAAAUCUCUGUCACUUAAACACGCCCACUUACGUUUCUUGUAUGUAUUUUGUGCUUUUUGGUUUAACAGUAUUUAUUUGCCUUGUCCA